AGCCCGGUGUGGGAGCAUGAGGCUGUUUUAGCUCAGCAUUGUGUUUGAAAAUAGGUCGCGUUAGUGUUUGCGGUCGUAUCGAAAUCCGUGUGCUGGAGUGAAGCAGCGCUCAGCGGCCAUGUCUCAGCAGCAGCAGCAGCAGCGUGUGGUUCAGCUGUCAGCGGCCGCGCUCGCGGUGGUUCUGCGCAAGGACGACGGCGACUCGGCGGGCAGCAGCAGCGGCCGCGAUGUUUUCCUGGAGUUUAAAUCCCAAAAUCUGCGCAGUUUCUGGAAUAAAAGGCUCGUAAAGGCAGUGUCUGAAGUUUACUUUCAGGGUUGGAUGGAGAAUUGCGUGCUGCUCCUUCAGGGCAGUGGCAGUAAUCUGGAGGUGCUGAGGGAAGCGUGGAUGCGCAGAGCUCUCCGGUCACCCACAGGAUUCACCAUCAAAGCAGUGGGUGACUUAUCUCCAGUACAGAUGUCACCUAUCUCUCAGUCGCAGUUCAUUCCACUGUCUGAGGUACUGUGCUCAGUCAUAUCCGACAUGAAUGUUGCUCACGUCAUGGUCAACCAAGAAGCACUAAUUAACCACAUGAUGAUGGCCCAUCCAGGAAUGGCCAUUCCCACUCAAGAUAUUCUCUACAAUGCUCUGGGGGCCCUCAUUAAAGAGAGAAAAAUCUACCACACUGGAGAGGGAUACUUCAUUGUUACACCUCAGACAUACUUUAUUACCAACAACAUGGUGAAAGAGAAGAACUGGUGGACAAGUGAUAAGGACCAUCUCUCUCCUCCUCCCGUUACGUACCUGAUGAGCAAUGAGAACUGCAUGGAUGCUUCUACUGAAGUACCCAUUAUGGCUCACUGCAAGUCCUGUAGUUGCUUCACACCUCAACUAACUGCUCCUCCUUCAGUCCAGGAGCAGUCGAUCAGCAUCAGUGAAUGCACUGGGAAAAGCCUUAAGUGGUCCAGAGAACACAAGCCAACUGUCCAACACCAGUCCACAUCUACGGCAGCAGACUACCAGGCUAGCGAAGUCAGCAAGUCUACAACCACAACUCGUAAGGACAAGGAAAAACCCGGACGCAAAUUUGGCCUUAAUUUGUUUCGUCGUAACACGGGAAAGAAGGAGAAUAAGCUAAAGAAGGAAUAUGCCACUUUUUCUGGACAGUUUCCACCUGAGGAAUGGCCAGUCAGGGAUGAGGAUGAUCUUAAUAACCUUCCCAGAGAUUUGGAACAUGCUAUCAUUAAACGGAUCAACCCUGAGCUAACUGUUGAUAACCUUGUCCGCCAUACAGUCCUAAUGAAGAAAAUGGAAGAGAAGGCAGAGAGAGUGACAAAAGCCCUGACGAUUGAUAAAGGCAUGUCCACAGAGAUCCUGAUCCCUAAGCAAAGGCACCAUUCAAGCAAAGCUGGUGGCAGAAGAUCAGCCUCUAAAGCUAUGCGGAACAAGAGAAGAGGUCCCUCAGUAAAAGAGAAGCAGAGGACAAAGAGUAAGGAUGUUCCAAGUGAUGAGGAUUUGCAGGGAGAUGAGCUAAUCCCAUCUCACCUCAGGCCUGAAGUAGGCAUCGAUGAGCUUGCUCAUCAUGAAGACUGUGCAACUUUGGAUGCAAAAUUUGUCUAUAAAAAACGCAUAGAGGAUCCAUUUCAGUCGAUGCCAGGAUGUGAUACAGCCAUCAAACAUAAAGAACAAAGGAGGAGAGAAGCCAAGACCUCUAGUCGACGAGAGCGAGCAGGCCACAGGUCAAAGUCCUGGGAUCCUCAUCGCAUGAAAGGGGUUACUGAAGAGGUGCAAAAAGCCUGCAUGCCAUUUGACCGAUCAUGUGAACAGCUUCAUGAAAGAAGUCUGAAUUUGGACACUAGAAUAGAUGCUGAAACAAUCAAAGAACUUCCUGGAGACUACAGCUCUUUCUACCCUGAGAACAGCACACUGAGGAUAGAAGACAAAGUCAAACAGAAUGGCAUAGAGUUCAGCGAUGGGAGAGUGAAACAGACGCAACAGAUUUUACAAGAGAUAAAUUUAAAAGAUAUUUCUGAUCAAAAGCUUGGUAUGGACCUUGCUUCACUUUCAUACGAAACAACAGAAUUACCCAAGUCAUGGUCCAAACCUACAGUGCGUUGUAGAAUGUCUCUUCAUCUAGUUAACAGUAAGGAGGAAUCUGACCACUGUCCUGAUCUCCUCUCCUCACAUCAACAAACUGGCAGCACGGCAAGCAGCCAAAACCUGGCGAACAGUGAGAGGGUACUCAGAAAUACAAGCAAUGUAGAUAGUGAAGUACACACUGAUGCAGAGCAUCAUAUUUACCAGAAUCCUGAAGAUGAUGAUGAUGGAUGUAGUUCCCUCUGCCUGAAUGAGGAGCAUGUCAAUGAGUUAAUUCACCCAGGCACAUCGCGCUGCCGCGAGCCAGUCUGUUUUGAUGGGAACUGGGACAGCUCUUUCAUAGAACAGAACAUACUAACUCUUCAUCAAGACACCAAACGAGCCCCACAGAGACAACAUGAAUACAGGUGGUUGCAAAAUGAGCACAAACCUAGUUUAUCCCACCUACCAGCAGAUGGCAGCGCUUGGGCAAAGCCGCAACAUGUGGAUGAGAAACUGAAUAAGCCCAGCCCAGGACACUCUGACCCCACUGAUACCCUGGAUAUUAGUAUCUUUGAUUACAGUCAAAUGAGUGAGAGGGGUUCAGACACUGAAACAGUACUGAAGUCUGCAGAUGAAGAUGAUAACCAAGCCAGCCACUGGAAUUGUCACUCACAGGACUACAACCAGAAUCAAUCAGUGGAUGCUAAUAACCUUCAACCUGCAAAUCUGAGUCACUGUGAACGUACUGGAGGCUGUACGGGUGAAACAGCAGAGAAUCAAAGCAACACAGCAGACAGUGGAAUCGACUCUCCAAGGACACGCAUGAGUCUAACUUCACCUAACUCCGUCAUACUGAAAGGGCUGAAACGACGUAAUUUCCUACAGAACCUUGAAAAGCUCCACUCCAAAACCAACGGCAUUCAUCCUCAAAGUUCCCUGCUCCAGCUCACACCUGUCAUGAAUGUGUGAGCAGCCGGGUGCAGAUUCACACUGAGCUCAUUCAGUUACCUCUGUACAAUUGUGCAUAUUUAUAGCUAUUACAUGUAAAUAUAUUUGUUAAUACAAUAUUGAGCAGUGCGUGUGGUAUUUUGUGGUAAUUUGACUAUUGACGUAGGGUUUUUUUAGGUUUUCUUAUUAGUUAUUUUUUGCACCAAGCUACUCCGUUU